UAACAAGAAUCAUUUCGGAAAUUUUGCUGAACCACAUCUUGAAAACUUAAAAAUUUAAUGACAUACAGCAUCAGUUAAGUUACAUCAUGGCAACAACUGUACGCUACACUAAAAGUCCGGGUGUCGAUAAACCUUCUAUAAAGCUUAACGAGCUUGAAGCAAACGAAGGAGACUAUGCUAUAAUAACACGCGGUGGUGAUAUGGAGGAAACCUAUCAAAAUGUGAAAACAGAGAGAAAAGUAAACAGUGAUAAAAUAGGAGUUUCAAAGGAAAAACGAGACAAAACAAAAAUUGUGAUAGUUUUGCUAGGUUGUGUUGUGUCCGGUUUGGUAGUGGCAGUCGUGUUUUCGAUUUUGGUUAUUUUUUCCAUACAUCAAAAACCCGUCACAAAUGGUGAUUGGACGAGUUGGGCUGAUUGGGGAGCAUGCAGUGUAACGUGCGGAAUUGGCAUAACUACUCGAAUACGGACAUGUUCAAACCCAAGACCUUCGACAAUGGGACAAUAUUGUGAGGGUACCUCGGAUCAAGUGCAAAUAUGUGGUAAUAGUUCUUGUUCAGUGACAGAUGGUGGCUGGACGGAUUGGGAAAAUUGGAGAGCAUGCAGUGUAACAUGUGGAACUGGCUUUACUACUCGGAUACGGACUUGCUCCAACCCCAAACCAUCGAUUAUGGGACGAUAUUGUGACGGUACCUCUUUGCAAGUGCAAUCCUGUAGCAAUACGUCGUGUUCAGAUGGCGGUUUUGGCUUUUCUGUGCAUAGACCAAUUUGGAAUUCGGGAGAUACAACAAUGAAAUUCAAUGCAGCAGCUUAUAAUGACAACGAUGUAUUUAACAUAACAUCUGGUGAAUUUGUCUGCCAGAAAGAAGGACUGUACUUACUUAUAAGCACGUUUCUACGAGUAUAUAACACCACAGGUUCUAUAGAUUGCAACUUUUAUAAAAAUUCCAAGUUCAUCGGGUAUGGUCCUUUGGCUAGUAGCAACAACGCAAGUGACCAUCCAUCCGCUACGAGUUCGAUUUUGCAUCAUUUAAAACCAGGUGAUCGUGUUUAUCUGGGUUCAUGCGAGGGCUUGCGUUAUGCGGCUGGAGGUUCAAGUUUUACAGGCGUUCUAAUUAAUCCCAUGCAUUAGAAUGAGGUGUCCCUGCUGAUAAUUUAAACAUGCCACGUGACUCAAGUUAGUUGCCGAUCAGAGUAUUCACGGUAACUAUUACAACAUCACUAUGAGGAAUUACAUGAACAAAAUAAUCUCCAAACCAAAACAAAAGUACUGGAUAAUUCUAAAGCAGGUUUUGCUGUACAUCUGAAAUGUAGCCUAUCUCAUGGCAUCAUAGAUGUAUUCUAAAACCUAAAACUACAUAGAUUUAAAUUAUAUCUCUGAUCUUCUUGAACACGUGAAGGAACUGAGAAUUCUCUUCAACGUAAGUGUUUGCAAUUACAAUAAAUCUAUCAUCAUUUGAAACUUCUUAAAAGAGAUUAUUUUGAUCUUGUGAUUCCCCACACUAGACAUGUAUUAUAAUAGUGCUAAUCUUUAUUAUUGACAUGUGAAGUCCAAGCCAGGCUAAGUAGUAGCUUAGAGCUUUUUUUAUGAAAACGUCAUGUUCACAAUAUUAAAUGUCUACUAAUGUUUUCUGAACUCACCAUAUGUUUUGAUAUGUUUUGAUAUACAGGUAAGUAAAUAAAGCAAAUGUUUGACUGCAUUUAUAGAUAUGAUUUGUAAUAUAGGAGAAAAUAGAAACGUGUACGUAUUAGUUGCAAAUAUCACCCAGUCGUUUAAACGAAUCAAGAAAGGAAAUUAUAUUGAAAUAUUAUAACUUAUUGGAGAAUUUUGUAAAUACCUGUAAUUCUGCCGAUAGCAAUGUCUAGUUUUUAUAUAUAUUUUCUUCUUCUUAUUGGCUUGUUUAAGGCUAGAAAAAUAAAUGAAACAAUAUGUUAAAAAAAUUGAUUACUAAUAAAUUGUGCUUUUGUGUA